AUGCGGUGCGCGGGCCCAGCCGCGAUGGUGGCCUUUUAUGCCGGGCUUUGGGUCUCUAACCUGGGGCCGGUGCUGGGCCAGGAGGCCGGGGCCGACUGUGAAGUAUGUAAAGAGUUCCUGAACCGAUUCUAUAACUCCCUGAUAGCCAGAGGAGUCAACUUUUCCCUGGACACCAUAGAAAAGGAAUUGGUCAGCUUUUGCUUGGAUGUCAAAGGAAAAGAAAACCGCCUGUGCUAUUAUCUGGGAGCGACGAAAGAUGCAGCCACAAAGAUCCUAAGUGAGGUGGCUCGCCCAAUGAGCGUGCAUAUGCCUGCAACAAAGAUUUGUGAGAAGCUUAAGAAGAUGGACAGCCAGAUCUGUGAGCUGAAAUAUGAAAAGCAGCUGGACCUGGCAUCAGUGGACCUCUCAAAGAUGAGAGUAGCGGAGCUGAAACAGAUACUGCGCAGCUGGGGCGAGGAGUGCAGAGCCUGUGCGGAAAAAACCGACUACGUGGAUCUGAUCACAGAACUGGCCCCCAAGUAUGCAGUGGCGCCCCCCAAACCAGAGCUCUGA